AUGGAGGUCGAUUACAUUAUUGUAGGAGGGGGCCUGACGGGCUGUGCGGUUGCCUCCCGUCUGAAGCAGCGAGCCCCGUCCCUUGACAUCAUGGUUAUCGAAGGGGGCAGCGAUGCCUCAAGUAAUCUCGACACGCAGACAUUCCACGGUCUCUUUUCUCUCCUAGGAUCUAACCUAGAUUGGACUUAUACGACGGAACCCCAGCCAAAUACUUGCAAUCGAACACACGAGGUUCAUGCGGGGAAGGCCUUAGGAGGAGGAAGUACCAUCAACUUCGGAGGUUGGAGCCGCGGGGAUGCGGCGGACUAUGACGAUUGGGCUACGAUAGUCAGCGAUGAACGAUGGAGCUACAAUGGGUUACUCCCUUACUUUCGCCGGUCCGAAUCUUUCUUUGAUCCUCAAGCGGAUCCUUAUCAUCACGGAUUCGACGGGCCCGUGAAGAUUACCUCUGUUUCCGCAAGUGACCCCGGUCGACGAUAUCCAUUGCGUGAACCAAUAAAGCAAGCGUGGGAGGAAAUUGGUGUUCCCUUCAAUCCUGACGGCUGUAACGGGAGCUCAUAUGGUGUCUGCGAAUUCUUGGAGACUUGGAGUCAAGGCAAGCGGCAGGCAUCACAGCAGGCAUAUAGCUUGGAUGGUGUCAGGGUGGUUACGGACACGAUUGUCGACCGGGUUCAAUUUGAGCCAAGCAACGGAAACGCAUUUCGAGCCUCCGCUGUCAUCCUGGCUGACGGCCAAUGUGUGCGAGCACGAAAAGAAAUUGUCCUUUCUGCGGGCAGCAUCCGAACACCCCAGAUCCUCAUGUUAUCCGGGGUUGGACCAGCAAGCGAAUUAUCUCAGCAUGGGAUCCCCCAAAUCAUCGAUGCACCAGAAGUGGGGAAAAACCUGAACGACCAUUUCGCACUCUAUCAGGUUUUCAAAUUACGGGACCACGAAAGAGGACUAGCCCUCGGACAUCCCAGCCUGUCUGAUCCCGCAUUCAUGAAUGGUUUCCCUACUGAUUGGGCGACAAAUCAGGAUAUACCAACAGAAAAGUUGGAGGCUGCAAUGCGAAGUGAUAACGUGCGAUUCGGCAAUAAUGCGCCGCGUCUCCUAAAGCCAGGACGCCCGCUAGUUGAGACAUUGGUCAUAUAUGCUCCGGCGGGGAUCCCCAACGCUCCCAAUGAUGGAAGUUUGGUCGUAACAUCAGUCAUGCUGCUUGGUUCCACUUCUCGCGGAUCAGUCACCAUCCGUUCUAAAUCGCCCACUGACCCUCCCAAGAUUUACUCGAAUUACUUUGACACAGACGUUGACCGUGUCACUCUGAUACAUGGCGCCCGUCGUACUAUGCAGGCAUUACUAGAUACAAAUGCAUUGGCCGAUUACAUAGAAAGCGAAGUACCCCCACCAGGUAUGCCGGCUCUCACGUCUCAAUCAUCGGAUGAAGAAUUUGAGGCGCGUAUCCGUGCGACAGGCAUGGCCCAUCAUCAUCCAGCAGGUACCGCUGCCAUGGGAAAAGUGGUCGAUACCAACCUACGCCUUUUGGGGGUCGAAAACCUUCGUGUUGUUGAUGCAAGCGUUUUCCCAUUGAGUAUUGGAGGGCACCCACAAGCGACCCUUUAUGCAAUUGCAGAACAAGCGGUUGAUAUCAUUCUUGGGCGCGAGCCGCUGAAUUAA